AGCCGGGGAUCGCAGGACAAGCCGUGGGGAGGGCCCAGGAGCUACCCCAGCACCCACAGACCCUCCUAAACACCCCUGAACCUCCCCAAAAUACACCCCACCCUCCCCAAAUACCCCCCCACCCCCUACAUACCCCUUAUAUAUCCUUUAAAUGUUCCCAAACCCCAACAGAUGCCCCAAAUCCCCUUGAAAGUCCCUCGGACUAUCCAAACACGCUCUUCCAGACCCUCAGGUUACCUGAACCCUACCGGAUACCCCUAAAAUUACCCCCCUGACUCCCAACAGGUACCCCUGGAUUCCAGCAACAUCCAGCCCGGACAGCCCUCACCAUGUCAGAGUCAGAGGAGAAUGGAGAGGGACCCCCCAAGGAGGUGCCGUCCUUCACUGAAGCCAUGGCACAGCCCCUGGGGUGGCCGAUAGCCGAAGGCAAUGGGGGUCCAGCAGGCGGAGGGACCCCCCCAGGUCACCGUCAGCGACGACCCCCCCACCCCAAACACAAGGGUCAGGGUUCCGGGGGGGUCCAUCGCUCCCCUCGUGCCCUCUUCUGCCUCCGCCUCAACAACCCCAUCCGCCGUGCGGCAAUCAGCAUCGUCGAGUGGAAGCCCUUCGACAUCCUCAUCCUCGCCACCAUCUUUGCCAACUGCGUGGCCCUGGGUGUCUACAUCCCCUUCCCCGAGGACGACUCCAAUGCUUCAAACCACAACCUGGAGCAGGUGGAGUACGUCUUCCUCAUCAUCUUUACGGUCGAGACCUUCCUGAAGAUCAUCGCCUACGGGCUGGUCCUGCACCCCAGCGCCUACAUCCGCAAUGGCUGGAACCUCCUUGACUUUGUCAUCGUCAUUGUGGGGCUCUUCAGUGUCAUCCUGGAGCAGGUGUCGCACAAACCCGGCGAAGCUCACCACAUGAGUGGGAAACCGGGGGGCUUCGAUGUCAAAGCCCUGCGUGCCUUCCGCGUCCUCCGGCCCCUCCGCCUUGUCUCUGGCGUUCCAAGUCUUCACAUCGUCCUAAACUCCAUCAUGAAAGCCAUGGUGCCGCUCCUGCACAUCGCCCUGCUCGUCCUCUUCGUCAUCAUCAUCUAUGCCAUCAUCGGCCUCGAGCUCUUCAUCGGCCGCAUGCACAAGACCUGUUUCUUCAUCGGAUCUGAUUUAGAAUCGGAGGACGACCCCUCCCCUUGCGCUUUUUCGGGGCAUGGCCGCGCCUGCCUGCAGAACAACACCGAGUGUCGGGGCCGCUGGGAGGGUCCCAACGGCGGCAUCACCAACUUCGACAACUUCUUCUUUGCCAUGCUCACCGUCUUCCAGUGCAUCACCAUGGAGGGCUGGACCGACGUCCUCUACUGGAUGCAGGACGCGAUGGGGCACGAGCUACCCUGGAUUUACUUUGUCAGCCUCGUCAUCUUCGGCUCCUUCUUCGUCCUCAACUUGGUGCUGGGGGUGCUGAGCGGGGAGUUCUCCAAGGAGCGUGAGAAGGCCAAGGCCCGCGGAGACUUCCAGAAGCUGAGGGAGAAGCAGCAGAUGGAGGAAGAUCUCCGGGGCUACAUGGACUGGAUCACCCAGGCUGAGGACCUGGAGGGUGACGAGGAGGAAGGGGAACACGAGAAGCACCGUAAGUGGGUUCUAGGGGGUGGGGUGUGUCACAGCGGGGGGGCCCCCUCCAAUCCUCAGCACCCCAAAACCUCCGUAUGCCCCCCUGCAACCGCAGGCCUGACCGCCGAGGACCUGAUGGGGAAGCGGAAACCCCGGCUGAAGUGGUUGCGGCACGCCAGUCACUCCACCGACACCCACGCCAGCCUUCCCGGCAGCGAGACAACGUCAGUCAACACUGAGACGGCGGGUGAGGAGGAUGCGCAGCCGACUGCCUGUGACCGCUGCUUGGGCAAAAUUACAAAGACGAAAUUUUGGCGCCGCCUGCGCCGCCUGAACCGCCUGUGGCGCCGGCGGUGCCGCGGGGCGGUGAAAUCUGUCUCCUUCUACUGGACCGUCUUGCUCCUGGUGUUCCUCAACACCCUCACCAUCGCCUCCGAGCACCACGGGCAGCCCCAGUGGCUCACCGAAACGCAAGCUUAUGCCAACAAGGCGCUGCUGUCGUUGUUCGCCGCUGAGAUGGUGCUAAAGCUGUACGCCCUGGGCCCCGCCUGUUACUUCGCCAGCUUCUUCAACCGCUUCGACUGCUUCGUGGUGUGCGGCGGGGUGCUGGAGACGGCGCUGGUGGAACGAGGGGCCAUGGAGCCCCUGGGCAUCUCCGUCCUGCGCUGCGUCCGCCUCCUCCGCGUCUUUAAAGUCACCCGGCACUGGGCAUCACUGAGCAACUUGGUGGGCUCCUUGUUGAACUCCAUGAAGUCCAUCGCUUCCCUCCUGCUCCUGCUCUUCCUCUUCAUCAUCAUCUUCGCCCUGCUGGGCAUGCAGCUCUUCGGGGGUCGCUUCAGCUUCGAUGAGACCCAGACCAAGCGCAGCACCUUCGACACCUUCCCUCAGGCUCUGCUCACCGUCUUCCAGAUCCUGACUGGAGAGGACUGGAAUGCGGUGAUGUACGACGGGAUCAUGGCGUACGGUGGCCCCGUCUUCCCCGGAAUGCUCGUCUGCGUCUACUUCGUCAUCCUCUUCAUCUGCGGGAACUACAUCCUCCUCAACGUCUUCUUGGCCAUCGCGGUGGACAACUUGGCCGACGGCGACAACAUCAACUCGGGGGGCGAUAAAAAGGACAAGCCUGGGGAGGCGGAGAGCGGCGCAGGGAGCCAGGACGUGAGUGUGAAGAUUGAGGGGGAGCAGCAGCAGGAGGAGGAAGAGGAGGAGGAAGAGGGCAGCGAGGAAGGUGACGAGGAGGCUGCGGGGGAGCGGGACAGUCUGGGGGGGGCCCGGCUGGAGACCCUGGAGGAACCCCCCAAACCCAAGGUGGUGCCGAUCCCCGAGGGCAGCGCCUUCUUCCUGCUGAGCAGCACCAAUCCGCUGCGGGUGCGGUGCCACGCCCUCAUCCACCACCACAUCUUCACCAACCUCAUCCUCGUCUUCAUCAUCCUGAGCAGCGUCUCGCUGGCUGCCGAGGACCCCGUCCGCGCCCACUCGCCCCGCAACCACAUUUUGGGCUACUUUGACUACGCUUUCACCUCCAUCUUCACCGUGGAGAUCCUGCUUAAGAUGACGGCCUUUGGCGCCUUCCUGCACAAAGGCUCCUUCUGCCGCAACUGGUUCAACCUCCUCGACCUGCUGGUGGUCAGCGUCUCCCUCAUCUCCUUCGGCAUCCACUCCAGCGCCAUUUCGGUGGUGAAGAUCCUGCGGGUCCUGCGCGUCCUGCGGCCCCUGCGAGCCAUCAACCGCGCCAAGGGCCUCAAGCAUGUGGUACAGUGCGUCUUCGUGGCCAUCCGCACCAUCGGCAACAUCAUGAUCGUCACCACGCUGCUGCAGUUCAUGUUCGCCUGCAUCGGGGUGCAGCUCUUCAAGGGUAAGUUCUACAGCUGCACCGACGAGGCCAAGCAUACGCCAGGAGAGUGCAAGGGCACCUUCCUGGUGUACAAGGACGGGGACGUCUCCCACCCCUCGGUGCGCGAGCGCCUGUGGCACAACAGCGACUUCAACUUUGACAACGUGCUGGCGGGGAUGAUGGCGCUCUUCACCGUCUCCACCUUCGAGGGCUGGCCCGCGUUGCUGUACAAGGCCAUCGAUGCCAAUGCCGAGGACCAGGGUCCCAUCUACAACUACCGGGUGGAGAUCUCCAUCUUCUUCAUCGUCUACAUCAUCGUCAUCGCCUUCUUCAUGAUGAACAUCUUUGUCGGCUUCGUCAUCAUCACCUUCCGGGCGCAGGGGGAGAGCGAGUACCGCAACUGCGAGCUGGACAAGAACCAGCGGCAGUGCGUGGAGUACGCCCUGAAGGCGCAGCCGCUGCGACGCUACAUCCCCAAGAACCGCACCCAGUACCGCGUCUGGGCCAUGGUCAACUCCACCGCCUUCGAGUACAUCAUGUUCGUCCUCAUCCUUCUCAACACUAUCGCCCUGGCCGUCCAGCACUAUGAGCAAUCCAAGCCUUUCAACUACGUGAUGGACCUGCUCAAUAUGGUGUUCACGGGGCUCUUCACUGUCGAGAUGGUGCUGAAGAUCAUCGCCUUCAAACCACGGGUAGGCGCGCGUUGGGAGGGGGGGGAGGGGGUCACACAAGGAGGGGGCGGGUCCUCACCCCCACCCCGUACGCAGCACUACUUCUGCGAUGCCUGGAACACCUUUGAUGCCCUCAUUGUGGUGGGCAGCGUGGUGGACAUUGCUGUCACGGAGGUCAACAGCUCAGAGGACAGCUCCCGCAUCUCCAUCACCUUCUUCCGCCUCUUCCGGGUGAUGCGUUUGGUGAAGCUGCUCUCCAAGGGCGAGGGCAUCCGCACCCUGCUCUGGACUUUCGUCAAGUCCUUCCAGGCCCUGCCCUACGUCGCCCUCCUUAUCGCCAUGAUCUUCUUCAUCUACGCUGUCAUUGGCAUGCAGACCUUCGGGAAGGUGGCGCUGCAGGACGGGACCCAGAUCAACCGCAACAACAACUUCCAGACCUUCCCACAGGCCGUGCUGCUGCUCUUCAGGUGCGCCACGGGGGAGGCCUGGCAGGAGAUCAUGCUGGCCAGCCUGCCGGGCAAGCGCUGCGACCCCGAGUCGGACACGGAGCCGGGGGAGGAGUUCACCUGCGGCAGCAACUUCGCCAUCGCCUACUUCAUCAGCUUCUUCAUGCUCUGCGCCUUCCUGAUCAUCAACCUCUUCGUGGCCGUCAUCAUGGACAACUUCGACUACCUGACGCGCGACUGGUCCAUCCUGGGCCCCCACCACCUGGACGAGUUCAAGCGCAUCUGGUCUGAGUACGACCCUGCCGCCAGGGGCCGCAUCAAGCACCUCGACGUGGUGACGCUGCUGCGCCGGAUCCAGCCCCCGCUGGGCUUUGGGAAGCUCUGCCCCCACCGCGUCGCCUGCAAGCGCCUGGUGGCCAUGAACAUGCCCCUGAACUCAGACGGCACCGUGACCUUCAACGCCACCCUCUUCGCCCUGGUCCGCACCUCACUCAAGAUCAAGACAGAAGGGAACCUGGAUGUGGCCAACAAGGAGCUGCGCGCUGUGAUCAAGAAGAUCUGGAAGAGGACGAAGCCCAAGCUGCUGGAUGAGGUCAUCCCCCCACCUGAGGAGGAGGAGGUCACCGUGGGCAAGUUCUACGCCACAUUCCUGAUCCAGGACUAUUUCCGCAAGUUCCGGCGGCGGAAGGAGCGGGGGAUGCUGGGCCCCAGCGCUGGCCCCAGCAACGAGUGUGCACUGCAGGCCGGGCUGCAGACGCUGCAGGCGCUGGGACCCGAGAUGCGGCGGGCGCUGAGCUGUGACCUGGAGGGGGAUGUAGGACCCACCAGCACCCAGGAGGAGCAGGAGCAGCUGACUUAUGCUGCCCCUGAGACGCUGUACGGCUCCGCCCCCAGCCCCCCCAGCCUGGGGGAGCCCCCCCAGGCCCCCAGCCUGGCCCCCACCAACGGGGAGGACCCCGCGCCCCUUCCCCACACCACCCCCCAUCACCCAGGUGGCAGGCGGCGCGAGGAGGAGGGGGGCGAGGACGAGGCAGCACCUGCUGAGAGUGGUGAGGAGCCAGCGGGGGGACGGCAGCCAUGAGGAGGACCUGGAGGGCUCAGCCCCCCGCCGCCGGUGGG